GUUGUGAGUGAGGCCUGUAUUGAGUGAAUGGACAGUGAGUUGACUGCAAAGUGAACAUUGAAUACAAUUGUCUGAAUUGUACCGUAAUUUACAUUCAAUUCAUUAUAUGAGACAUCAGUCGCUGGUUUGCAUGCAAUGAGUGCCGAGACUAUAGUGCGAGACAUCUUCGGCGACAGCGAUGACAGUGAAGACGAGUUUGAAGGCUUUGAAGGCAACAAACCAUCCGCUGAUAAACGAGAAGAUGAUUCCGAUGUGGAGAAGGACUCGCAAUCAGAUGGCAAUGAAGACAACGAUGUCGACAGAUCUCAAGGCGAUGAGAGAGCCAAUGAAGACAAUGAGGACAAUGACAGCGAAGAGAGACAGCAGAGGGAGACCAGAAGGACUCGCAAUCAGAUGGCAAUGAAGACAACGAUAUCUCAAGGCGAUGAGAGAGCCAAUGAAGACAAUGAGGACAAUGAGGACAAUGACAGCGAAGAUAGACAGCAGAGGGAGACCAGAGAUGACGACGACGAGCCCAAUAACUCUCAAGAAGUGGUUCCCGACGUGUCAUCUGAUGACGAGUCCAUAGACGGCGACCGCAAACCAAAACAAGACGAUAUGGUCUAUGACUUCGAUCUAAUGCUUCAGAGGAAACGGGAAGAGAAUUAUAGGCGAAGGAGACGGAAGAAUAUCGAUAUAAUCAACGAUAACGACGAUGUGAUCGCAGAAAUGAUACAACAGAUGAAACAGGCGGCAGAUGACGACUUCGAGUUAAAUAAGAACCGAAUGACUGCCACAAGAAAACUCAAAAUGUUGUCAUUAGUUGUGACACAACUUCGAAAACUAGAUUUACGCGAAGCCUUCUUAGACGCCGGAGUUCUCGGAGUGAUCACCGAUUGGUUGACACGAUUGCCAGAUGGAAGUCUACCACAUCUCCAGAUUCGCGAUAAUAUGCUAAAGAUUUUACAAGAAUUCAACAUCGAUGACGUCGAGCGGAUCAAAGCGAGUGGUAUCGGGAAAGCAGUGAUGUAUUUAUUCAAACACCCGAAGGAGACCAAAGAGAAUAAGCGGAUGGCGUCGCAGUUGAUCGCGAGCUGGUCCCGACCCAUCUUCAACCUCGACACUGACUUCCAUUCCAUUAGUAAAGACGAGAGAGAGAAGAGAGAUGUCGAGCAUAUGAACAAAACCAAAAGAAUGCGUUCCGACUCUCACGACGAGGUGGAGAGUCCAGCGCCGGCUCCCAAACAUAAGCCAUCCGAAGAGAAACUAAGCGUUCUAUUGGUUCACAGAAACCUCAUCAAACCGGGCGAGAAGGGUUGGGUACCUCGCGCUCGCGUACCGAUGCCCUCGAUGAAGGACUAUGUGGUACGACCGAAGUCCUCGGUUGAUAUGGACAUCAAUAGGAGUGGUUCGAGUAAGAGAAUGAUGGGUCGAAUCGACAAACAUUUGAGAAAUUUCAGAGAAAAGCAAAAGUUAACGAAAGCCCAAAGAGCUGUUCCAAUCAGUAUUGAGGGCAGAAAAAUGGCACUUUAGUUGUCAUUACAGUUAAAAAACGCAUAUCUCUGGAGUGAAUACCCGCCGACUCCAAAGUGAUGACAUCGGAUUCACUCGCAAUGAAAUCAUUGAGAUUUCUUUUGGGAAAAUUUGUUAUUAAGUCGUAAUCAUUCAUAUUAUAGCCUUUCGAUGAGAGAAAUACAAAUAAUGCCUGAAAUUGAUUCAUUAAAUGAUUAAAUCACU